UCCUACCGCUGGUUGUCUGUCAGGGAGCCGCUAAGGUUGACGCGCUCGGGGGUCGGUGUGCCAGGGAGUGGUCACUGGUGGGGCCGCGGCCUGUGCGAGGGAAGCCGGUCUGAGGGGGUCGCGGUCUGGCGGGCCCCUCUUCUUCUUCCCCGCCCGUGGGUUCGCUUCGGAGCGUUCCGGGCUUCUUUCUCCUUCCCUGUUCCUUCUCCGUUCCUUCUCCCUCACUUCCCCCUCAAGCGGCCCGGCCAUGUCGGGGCUGCUGGGCAAGCUGUUUGGGACGGGCCCGGGCGGGAAGGGCGGCGGGAAGGGGCCUUCUCCGCAGGAGGCCAUCCAGCGGCUCCGCGACACGGAGGAGAUGCUGAGCAAGAAGCAGGAGUUCCUGGAGAAGAAGAUCGAGCAGGAGCUGGCGGCCGCCCGCAAGCACGGCACCAAGAACAAGCGCGCUGCUCUUCAAGCCUUAAAGCGAAAAAAGAGAUAUGAGAAGCAGCUUGCGCAAAUAGAUGGCACAUUGUCCACAAUUGAAUUCCAGAGGGAAGCCCUUGAAAAUGCUAACACCAACACAGAAGUGCUGAAGAAUAUGGGCUUUGCUGCUAAAGCAAUGAAAGCUGCUCAUGACAACAUGGAUAUUGACAAAGUGGAUGAACUAAUGCAAGACAUUGCAGAACAGCAGGAGCUAGCUGAUGAAAUUUCAACAGCCAUCUCCAAACCUGUAGGAAUUGGUGAAGAAUUUGAUGAGGAUGAACUAAUGGCUGAAUUAGAGGAGCUAGAACAGGAAGAAUUGGACAAAAACUUGCUGGAGAUCAGUGGUCCAGAGACAGUUCGACUACCCAGUGUGCCCUCAAUAUCUAUACCUUCAAAGCCAGCUAAGAAAAAAGAAGAAGAGGAUGAUGAUGACAUGAAAGAACUAGAAGCUUGGGCUGAAAACAUGUAGCUUCACCCGCUGUCAGAUGGAGAAACUUUAGAGACUCUGGUCACCUCUAGUUGCAGGUGCACGUAUGGGUGGGAGAUGACUCUAAGCGCAAUGUCUUUAUUUCUUUAAUCUAAACCCAAAGCAGUGGGAGUUGCAUUCUGCAUAGCCUGGUCUGAGUGAGGGAAACAGCGUUCCCAAGGGAAGUUGCCUGCAGUUUAUCAUGUUGAAUUUCUUAAAAAAACAAAAGCAGCUUAUUGGCAAAAUUCAUACCUUCUGCUUCCGGACUCUGCUAAUGCCACUGCUGGAUCUUCAUCUUUCAGAAUUCUGGCCGUGUUUGAGUCUGACUGAUUUUGGGGAUGUGAAGAUAUGUAACUUAAGUUGAUUGAACAGUUUUUAGAGUUCCUGUAAAGUAUUUCAAAAGGAAAAGUCAUAAGCCAUUAUUGACUUAUUAUGCUUAGGUGUACAAAGCGCAUUAGGCUUUUAGUUCUUUAAAGUCUGUAUUUAUAUUCAUUGACAAUGUUGACACUUCUCUCACACUAACUUGGCUACUGUUAAUUGGUGAAAUGGUUUUGGAAUAACAAAUGUUAUCAUGCAAGUUUAUCAUGCAAUUUACACUCAAAUUCCAGCUGUACAUUUUUCUAUAUAGCACUUGUGUGUUGACUGCUAUUUGUGAUGCUUAAUAUACCAUUCAGACACAAACGUUUAUUUUAAAUAAGGAUCUAUGGUUUGCACUGUAUUAAAUAUCUUGAUUGAUUUUCA